AUGUCCGAGACAGCUCCUCCUACGCGUUCGCCCGCCUUCGCGCGCCCGGUCAGCGAAUCACUUCUGAACGAGAAGAUCACUGACGCCACCGCGCGCGAACCGAAUGGGUUUAAACAGUGGGACCACUGCCUCUCGAACCUCCUGAUCAAGUCAACACUCGGCCUUGGCUUCGGCGUCGUCUUCUCGGUCCUUGUCUUUAAGCGCAGGGCCUGGCCCGCCUUUGUCGGCGCCGGCUUCGGUGCCGGCCGGGCAUACGAGGAGUGCAACUACAACCUCAAGCAGACGGCCAGGGAAAUCCGCAGGCAGGCAUGA